AUGCAUAUGUCACAACAACUUCAAGAUAAGAUAGAUAAUUUUCCAAUUACCAGCUAUUCGUGGGAAUUAGUUGGUGUUUAUUUCAAAAAGAAGGCUGAGCUCGAUGAUGAAGAAGAUCAAAUGAGUUUCUUUUAUUACUUUAUCCAUGAAUUCACUCGAGUCAAAAGGGAAUUCGAUGAACAACAGCAGCAACACAAACAACAACAACCACAACAAGAUAAUAAUAUUGUUAAUUAUAAGUCGCUGGAGGAAGUUAUCCAAAGCUUUCCAGUCACAAGUUUAUCACUGGAUUUAGUAACAGUUUACAACCAAAAGAAACUCGAGAUUAAAGAUGAGUCAGAUCGAAAUCUGUUCCUUUUGUACUUUUCCAAAGAAAGAUCUAGAAUAGCCAGAGAACAAAAUCAACAACAGCAAUUACAACAACAACAACAGCAACAACAGCAUUUACAACAACAACAACAACAACAGCAACAACAGCAAUUACAACAGCAACAGCAACAACAGCAGGAACAGCAACAACAGGAACAGCAGGAACAGCAACAACAGCAACAGCAACAACAGCAACAGCAACAACAGCAACAGCAACAACAGCAACAGCAACAACAGGAACAGCAACAGCAGCAACAGCAGCAACAGCAACAACAGGAACAGCAACAGCAGCAACAGCAGGAACAGCAGCAACAGGAACAGCAGCAACAGCAACAGCAACAACCAACUAUAAAGAACAACAAUAACAAUGAUAACGAUAAUAUAAAGUAUAAGAAAAACAACAACAAUAACACUAAAUCAAUAGGAAAUCAAAAUACCUAUCAAUUUAGAAUUCCAGUUAAUCAAAAUAAAAUAGAUUACAAUAUAAAUAACAACAAUAUAAACAAAAUUGAUUACAUUCAUAAUAUUAAAUAUUAUAUUCAAAACUACAAAAUAAAAAUCAUUGACAGAUCAAAACCAAACCAAAAUACCUUCCAAUUUAGAAGACCAACUAAUUGGAAAGAGAACAACGACAACAAAAUCAUCAAAAUCAACACCAACAUUGACAACACUGCCAAUUACAUUUUAAACAUUAUUAACAAUAUCAAAAACAAACCAAAACCAAAUAAUAAUACCUACCAAUUCAGAAUAACCAGUAAUAAAAUAAAAAGUAGAUCAAUGUUAAAAGAGUCUGGUUCUUUGGUCAUGGUCUUGGCUAUAUGGUGGGUCUGGGAUAACUGGGUGUCAUUGCUUGUGAUCCUUGCCUCUCUUAUCAAGCGUGACGGCAUGUCUCGAUCAGUGAACCCUCUGAUGAGAGCCUAG